UCCAUGGCGUUCUUGCCUCUGCUCGACCGCCGCAACGACGACCUCGAGGCUGCCUUGGCUCGCGUCGGCCCUGUCGUUCUCCCCGCCGCAUCGACCGCAGACGACGUCGCCUCUGCGCCAAUUCGGUCUGCCCGAUAUAUACUCGCAGAUAACAGUCAUUCUUCCAGCCCAGACGAUGCCAUCGCCUGGCUCGACGAAGGCGCGGACAAGGUCAUCGUGCCUCUCGCAUGGGCCCCAGAACUCAUCGGGCUCGUUCCGCGCGACCGUCUGCUGCUCCUGCUCGACGUCGCGAACGCGAGCGCCGUGUCGGACCGGGUGCGGAGCGGCGUCUCGGGUGUGUUCUUGAAGUCGCCCACGUUGGAGCUCGACCUCAUCUCGUCUGUCUCCCGGUUUUUCGCCGAGUCCUCUAUCUUUGUCUUUUUCGCCGGAUCCAGCCCGCCGCUGCCCUCGACGAUCAGGGGUCUGCUUGGCGUCGGCGCGACCCUGGUGGUGCCCGCGUCGCAGCUCACACUUUCCGCCUCGUCUGCUUCCCAGAUCAACGUCGCCGACGCCUACCUCGCACCCUUGGUGUCCGAUCGCCCAGAUGGCUUGUUCCCCACAGUCGUCUCUUCCCACCUGCAGGGCGGUCGCUCGCUCGGCCUCGUGUACUCCUCCUCGCAAUCCGUGAAAGAAAGCAUCCUCACGGGGAAGGGGGUGUAUCACUCACGCAAGCACGGACUGUGGCGGAAAGGGGAAACCUCGGGGGCCACCCAGGACAUCGUCAGCAUCCGCCUCGACUGCGACUCCGAUUGCCUGGAGUUCAGUGUCAUUCAGCACGGUGCCGGAUUCUGCCACCUGAAGCGAACGUCCUGCUUUGGCGAGGUCACCGGGCUCCCCGCACUCGAGGCGACUCUGCGGUCCCGCCUUUUAUCCGCCCCCGAGGGCUCGUACACGCGCAGGCUGUUCGACGAUCCCCAGCUCCUGCGAUCCAAGAUCAUGGAAGAGGCGGACGAGCUCUGCCGAGCGGAGACGAAGGAGGAGGUCGCCUUUGAGGCAGCGGACCUGCUCUACUUCGCUUUGGCCCGGUGUGCCGCAGCGGGCGUCACCAUCGCCGACAUCGAGGCCUCUCUCGAUGCGAAGGCUCGCAAGAUCACACGCAGGCCCGGAAACGCGAAGCCACAGUGGACGCCUCCCCCACCCCCUGCUCCUCCUAAGGCGCCCAUCGAUCCCAACGCCCCCAUCCGCAUGCGCACCUACGAUCUCGCCACCGUCACCGUCGCGGAACGCGCGCAGCUCCUCCGACGCCCCGUGCUCAAGUUCGACGAGAUGAUCGCCAAAGUGAAGCCUAUUGUCGACAGCGUGCGGGCGCGCGGGGACGCCGCCCUGCUCGAGCUCACCGCCAAGUUCGACAGGGCGCAGCUCGCCUCGACCGUCGCCUUCCCGCCCUUCGCGCCGGAGAGCAUGCGGCUCCCCGAGCCCGUGCGCGCGGCGAUCGACGUCGCGUACGCAAACAUCCACAAGUUCCACGCCGCCCAGGCGCAGGACAGCACGCUCGUCGUCGAGACCAUGCCCGGCGUCGUCUGCUCGCGCUUCGCGCGCCCGAUCGCGCGCGUCGGGCUGUACGUGCCCGGCGGCACCGCCGUGCUGCCCUCGACCGCGCUCAUGCUCGGCAUCCCCGCACAGGUCGCGGGCUGCAAGGAGAUCGUGCUCGCGACGCCGCCCCGCGCGGACGGCAGCAUCUCCCCCGAGGUCAUGUACGUCGCGCACCUCGUCGGUGCGUCCGCGGUCCUCAAGGCCGGCGGCGCGCAGGCCGUCGCGGCGCUCGCGUACGGCACCGAGACCGUGCCCAAGGUCGACAAGAUCUUCGGCCCCGGGAACCAGUGGGUCACCGCGGCGAAGCUGCUCGUCCAGAACGACACGGACGCGCUCGUCUCGAUCGACAUGCCCGCGGGGCCCUCCGAAGUCUUGGUGAUCGCGGACCACACGUGCGACCCCGCGUUCGUCGCCGCAGACCUGCUCUCCCAGGCCGAGCACGGCGUCGACUCGCAGGUCGUGCUCGUCGGCGUGCGCCUCGCGCGCGCGACGCUCGCCGCGAUCGAGGCCGAGGUGGACGCACAGGCGCGCGCGCUCGCGCGCGUCGCGAUCGUGCGCGAGUCCGUCGCGAAGAGCAUCAUCGUGCAGGCGGACACCGUCGCUGACGCGCUCGCGUUCUCCAACGCGUACGCGCCUGAGCACCUCAUCCUGCACCUCGAGGACGCGGCCGGGCAGGUCCCGCUCGUGGAGAACGCGGGGAGCGUGUUCGUCGGGCCGUACUCCCCCGAGAGCUGUGGCGACUACGCGUCGGGCACGAACCACACCCUCCCGACGAACGGGUACGCGCGCCAGUUCAGCGGCGUCAACACGCUCUCGUUCCAAAAGCACAUCACGUCGCAGGAGCUGACGUCCGCGGGCCUGCAGAACCUCGGGCCCGUGGUCGCAACGCUCGCCGACUGCGAGGGCCUACAAGCCCACGCCAACGCGGUGCGCAUCCGCUUGCGCGCCAUGGCUUCUGCCUAGGCGGCACAAAAUUGGUCGAAUGUACGAGGGGGAAGCAUCGAAUGCUUGUAUCGUUGAUAGAAGAAGCUAAGAGGACCGCAUGUACAAAAAUCGUCGGGCGCAGUGUCCACAUCCAGCAGGAAACAAAUCUAUAGCACUAGCAACGACAACAUGUAUGCCCGAGUAAUGUAACGAGAAUCACGAUCCAGCGCCUCAGUUCGUCCUGU